UUUUGAUUGAGCGCGGGUGGAUCAGUGAUAACACUUUUCUUCACAGAUGGCUUCCAAAUUUUUUUCUGCUCUGAGCCGUAAGAAAUCCAACGAUGACACAGAAAGUGAGAGCCCGUUAGCGAGAGUUCUGACAUUACUAGAUCUGACAACUUUGGGAGUAGGAGCCACAUUAGGUUUAGGAGUAUAUGUUUUAGCCGGUUCUGUAGCAAAGGAGGUAGCUGGACCUGCUGUGUGUUUGUCUUUUUUCGUGGCUGCUGUAGCAUCAGCCGUUGCAGGUCUGUGCUAUGCCGAAUUUGCCGCCAGAGUUCCAAAGGCAGGUUCUGCCUAUAUAUACAGUUACGUCAGCGUGGGUGAAUUUGUGGCGUUUGUUAUUGGAUGGAAUCUAAUUUUAGAAUAUAUUAUUGGUACUGCCAGUGUUGCUAGUGGCAUGAGCAACUACAUCGAUGCUCUGAUAGGUGGUCAAAUCAAGGAUACGCUACGAAAAUGGAUGCCCAUGGAUAUUUCCUUUAUGUCUCCAUAUCCAGACUUCCUUUCUUUCAUUUUUGUGAUGAUAUUGACAUUUCUACUUGCCUUUGGAGUAAAAGAAUCAUCAAAGCUCAACAACGUUUUUACUGCAGUAAAUAUGGUAACCAUUUUUAUCGCGAUAGUUGCCGGAUCUAUAAAGGCCGACGUUGGAAACUGGAAAAUUGAUCCAGCAAAGUUAAACGAGACCGAACGAGCGGUCGCUGGAGAAGGUGGAUUCAUGCCAUUUGGUGUAGCUGGUAUUAUGGCAGGUGCAGCAAAAUGUUUCUACGGUUUCGUAGGUUUUGACGCUGUUGCAACCACGGGGGAAGAAGCCAAAAAUCCUCAAAAAGACAUUCCUCUGGCUAUCGUCAUAUCGUUGUUUAUUAUUUUUGCCGCCUACUUUUCUAUUUCUACUGUUUUGACGAUGGCUUUGCCUUACUAUCAACAGGAUAAAGACGCUCCAUUUCCUUACCUUUUCCAUUACUACGGUUGGGAAUCGAUAAAAUGGAUAGUUACGAUCGGUGCGGUCUUUGCUCUCUGCACGAGUCUCUUAGGAGCGAUGUUUCCGUUACCUAGGGUUAUUUAUGCCAUGGCCAAUGACGGUAUUGUAUACAAAUCACUAUCCAAAGUUAGUAAAAAGACGAAAACACCAAUUUUUGCCACGUUGCUGUCGGGAUUGUUAUCAGGUAUUAUGUCAAUAUUGUUUGAUUUGGAUCAAUUGAUUGAUAUGAUGUCCAUUGGAACUUUAAUGGCAUAUACGAUUGUAGCAGUAUCUGUACUAAUCUUGAGAUAUGAACCCAAGACAUCGGAAUAUCCAGGACUAGCAAUGAAAAAUGAAAAACAAACAUCGGUUGAAAACCACAUGCUGAACAGUUUAAAAAAUCUAUUUAAUCUUCAUAAUAUUAAAGAACCCUCGAAGGAAUCAUCCGUUAUUGUUAACUGGUGUAUUGUUUUAUUCAGUAUCUUCUGUGCGCUAUUCUGUGCAACUGUAGCCAAUGGAAGAAAUCUUGUAUUCACUCAACCAUUCUACAUACUAGCAUUUAUCGUUACAAUAAUUGGCAUGGCAGUAUUGAUGGUUAUUAUGGUACGGCAACCGACGACUGACGAAAAACUAUCAUUUAAGGUACCUUUGGUUCCCUAUAUACCAUGUAUCAGUGUAGUCUUCAAUUUAUAUUUGAUGUUUGAGCUAGAUUUACACACAUGGAUCAGAUUUCUAGUAUGGCUUGCUGUUGGCUUCGUUAUCUACUUCUCCUACGGAAUACGACAUAGCGCAGAAGGAGCAAAAGACAAAAAGCUACGAGAAAUUGCAGAGCCAGCAAAAGAAGUCACCUCGUUCUGAGAACGUCUACCAUCAGAAAUUAGAAGAAAACUCAGCGAAAUAAAAGUUGUUGUUUUAUUCGUGCUACUCUAGAAUCUGUGAUAAAGAGUGCCUAGCAUUUUAGUAUUCCAACUGUUAGUGAUUUUUGACUUUUAGGUUGUAAAAAAUGAGUUACCCGUGAUAGAAGAUAGGAGUUAAAAGAGUAAAGGUUGCUAGGUUUGACAAAAAUUUUGAAUGUUUGAUAACAUUUUCAAUACAAAUUGGUUAAAAACUUGUCAAAUGUUUGAUAUAUUCUUUUAAGUAAAUUUGAUUGAUUUAUAGCAAUAUUUUUGUCAAAUACUAGUAAAUAACUUUUAAAUAAAUCCUCGCAUUUUACUUACUACUGUUGAUAUUAAGAAAAAAUGAUAUUCUAGAAUAAAACUCGACAUCUAACACUGCAAUAAAUCCAAAAAUAUACCUUGAUAAUCUCACUGUGACUCAAAAUAAGACAAUAAGGAAAAAAUGUAUGUCUUCAGCGCUAUUUUCUGGUAGCAUUGUACCGCGUAGCAAUAUAUAUUAUUUAUUAAAUAAUUAUUGUGUAUAUAAAAGUUUUUUUAAGUAAUGACAAUAAAAAAUAAAGAAAACAUUUAAAUAUA